CAGUGUGUGUGUAUGUGUUCUUUUCAAACUUCUCCAAUUUUUUCCCUUCAACUUCUUGUCCACAUUGUCACUGCAUUCAAUUUAUUCAAGAUUGUUAAUUUAGUAUAGUCCAAUUAACUUAUUUGCAAACUCCAUUAAAUAAAUCAUUCGUCCUGCUCUUAUUCCUUCAUUUAUUCUUCUUGUAGCACAUUUAUCAUAAUCUUUCUCAGUCCCUAUUCAUUUGUUGCUUUAUUAAGACAUGAUAAAAGAAUUUGCCUUUUUCUUUUUGCUAGAUUUUCUUAAGUUUGUAUUUUUUACAUGUUAUGAGUUUGUAGUGUAUUCAAGAAUAUAAAAUUAUGUGAGAUAUCAUAGUGUUACAAUGAAUGGUUUAGUAAAAGAUGAAAAUCAGAGAAGAGUUGGAAAGAAACAAAAUGGCAGUUCUUGGAAAUGUGCAUAUGGUUAUUCUCAGCACAGGCGAUGUAAAAGUGCUUCCGACAAAAACGUUGCUCUAUCCAAAGGCGGAGACAGGCAAUCCGUACAAAAAGAGCUGAAUCAACCACCUGUAUUGCCACAUUCAACAAGGAGUUGUAAAGCAAGUCCAUUACAUGAAUUGUCCAAAACUAUUGGCAAAGAUGCAGCACCAGAACACAGAGCCUCCUUGGAAAAAGAUAUCGAACAGUUACAAAUGCGUUUGCAACAAGAAAAAUCGAUGCGUAUGGUGCUUGAGAGGGCAAUGGGACGAGCUUCUAGCACGUUGUCUCCCGGACAUAGGCAUUUUCCUGCUCAGACAAAAGAGUUGAUAGCUGAGAUUGAAUUACUUGAAGAAGAGGUUGCAAAUCGCGAGCAGCAUGUCCUUUCUCUGUACAGGAGCGUUUUUGAAGAAUGCAUUAGCCGGCCUUCUUCUGAGCAAAGUUCGGGCAUGACUUCUCCAGCACAUAGUAAAGUUGAGUCAAGAAAACAUCCCAGUAUAAUAUCAAGUGCUUUUUGCUCGUCCAAAAAGUUCCCUUUGCGGACGUUCCAAGCUCUUGCUGCCAUAAAUGACUUGGGAAAAAGAAACUUGUCGCAUUCGAAAUCAAGACAUGCUUCAUUUUAUAAUAGUAAAGCUAAUGUACACAUUCAGAAAAGUUGUUCAGAGCAUGCUAAGGAGCAAGGGCAGGUAAUGUCAAUGGAAAAAUCUCCUCUGGCGCGAACUCUUAAAGAUCAUCUCUACCAGUGCCCCAGUAAGUUGUCUGAGGAAAUGGUAAGGUGCAUGGCUGCAAUAUACUGUUGGCUCCGCAUUACAGAAUCGACAAGUACUGAACAAAAGCGGUCACCUUUGUCAUCAAGAUCAUCCACUAAUGUCAUAAUUCCACAGCAUGAUAUUAAAGAGGAGAGAGACUGGUUUUGCAAAUCAACAAUUGAAAUAUCUUGGAUAGCGACAGAUAAGAAUAACGUCUCUCGUGCAUCUUAUGCCAUCAGCAACUACAGAGUUUUAGUGGAGCAAUUGGAAAGAGUGAAUCUCAGCGAGAUGGAAACCAAUGCCAAAAUGGCGUUUUGGAUCAACUUGUACAAUUCCGUAGUUAUGCAUGCAUAUCUGGCGUAUGGAAUACCACAGAACUCCCUUAGAAGGUUGGCAUUGUUUCACAAGGCUGCUUACAAUGUUGGUGGCCAGGUCCUAAGUGCAAAUGCCAUUGAGCAGUCAAUUUUUGGUUUGCGUACGCCUCGGAUAGGACGGUGGUUGGAGACCAUUCUGUCAACUGCUUUAUGGAAAAGAUCAGGAGAAGAAAGGCAACUCAUCAGUUCAAAAUUUGCCCUCCAAGAGUUCCAGCCCCUUGUUUGCUUUGCUCUUUGCAGUGGUGCUGUUUCCGAUCCCAUGCUGAAAGUGUACACAGCCUCAAAUAUUCAAGAGGAACUGGAAGCAGCAAAGAAAGAGUUCCUACAGGCUAAUAUCGUCGUAAAGAAGUCUAAACGAGUACUCCUGCCUAAGGUUCUUGAAAGAUACGCAAAGGAAGCUAGUAUUCCAUCAGAUGAUCUUCUACAUUGGGUCAUGGAGAGCGUCGAAAAGAAGCUUCACGAUUCCAUACAGAAAUGUGUCGAUAGAAGAACCAAUAAAAAGGCAUCUCAGCUAAUUGAUUGGCUACCUUACUCUUCAAGAUUCCAAUAUGUAAUUUCGAAAGACUUUACGGAGAAGCCUUGGUGGGCAUAGCAGUACUGAAUAACGUAGAGAAAAUCUUGAGUUGAACUUACAAAAAAGUGAGAGUAAGGUGUGAGCUAGAAAGGCCUAACCAAGGAAAUGGUUGUUCAUUCCUUCAGUUUGUAGGAUUCUGAUUUGAUCUGUUGUUAAUCUGUUGUUAAGUGAAUGUACAUUGACUUCAAUUCAUCUACAAAUUCUGACAAAUCCAGUAACUUAGGUGUCCAA